GUCAAUUUGACCAUAAAUAAUUGUUAAACAAUUUUUUUGGAAAGGGAAAAACAAAUUAAGCGAGUAAACACAGAAAUUAACAGAAAUUGAUGAAAAACAGAGUCGCUGGGAACUGUGCGGCUAAGGGGGGCAGAGGCAAUCCGACGGAUUUCGCGCACUUUACGGGCAGCGACGAGAGACCUCGAGAAACCUCACGGCAACUCGGUUCGUUCGUGUGUGUCUGUGCGAAUUGAUUACAAAAAUAAAGUUAUUUCGAGAGGUGUGCGAUAAACGCGGCGUCGAGGAGGAGCCAGCCAAGGGAGGAGGAGGUAGCCCCCAGUACGUAGGCCGUCGCAGCAGCACCUUCGAUCCGGUUCGCGCCAUUCCAUUCCGCCGGCGGGUGCGACGAACGAUGUGAGCAGUGGGCCCUUUCGUCCGGCGGUUUAUGCAAUGUUCUAGCUCUCGCCCAGGAGAGGGAGAAGCGGGAUCGGGGCGAGCCAGAAGGAGAGGGUGUGGCAGAGGCGGGAGCACUAGCACCAGCGCCAGCGAGAGGAGAAGCGAGAGGAGGAGUAGCAAUCAGAGGCAGAGCCUGUCCAGAUGACUGUGACCACCAUGGAGGCACCAGUCAAGGCAGCACACCAUCCCGUCGGCGGGGGCGGCGGCGGAGCGCAGCAGCAGGAGGCCCUGGGCGAGGAGGAUCCCAUUUGCGACGAGAUGACCGUUCUAUUGACCAAUAAGAACUUUCACUUCGACACGGCUUCGGAGCUGGAUGAGCCGUUCGUGGAACUGAAGGAGGGCCAUGAGGUGGACAUUCAGCCAGCGGGCGGCGUGGGGUUCUAUACAGAGGACGAACUGCUGGAGGACCAGCCCCAUCCGCAGGUCACUUGGCUAAACGACGACGAGAUCGAGACCCUGGAUCGCGUUACACUGGACAUGGGCAAUAUGUUCUUCAAUCGCGUUGACAGCCAGGACAUAAUCUAUCAGCAAAAGAAGAAGAACAUCAAAAUGGUCGGAAAGUACAUCAUGGGCGACGUGCUCGGCGAGGGUUCCUAUGGCAAGGUGAAGGAGGCCAUGAACUCGGAGAACCUUUGCCGGCUGGCGGUAAAAAUCCUUACAAAGCGUAAACUGCGUCGGAUCCCCAACGGCGAACAGAACGUUACCCGCGAAAUUCACCUGCUCAAGCAGCUAAAGCACCCGAACGUGGUGGAGCUAAUGGACGUACUGUACAACGAGGAGAAGCAGAAGAUGUACCUGGUGAUGGAGUACUGUGUUGGCGGUCUGCAGGAGAUGGUGGACUACCAGUCGGACAAGCGGAUGCCGCUGUUCCAGGCGCACGGCUACUUCCAACAGCUGGUCGAUGGCUUGGAGUACCUGCACAGUUGCCGGGUGAUACACAAGGACAUCAAGCCGGGCAAUCUGCUGCUCUCCCUUGACCAGACCCUGAAGAUCUCCGACUUUGGGGUGGCGGAGCAAUUGGAUCUCUUCGCGCCAGACGACACUUGCACCACGGGCCAGGGAUCGCCCGCUUUCCAGCCGCCAGAAAUUGCCAACGGACACGAGACCUUUGCCGGCUUUAAGGUGGACAUCUGGAGCAGCGGAGUGACACUUUACAACCUAGCUACUGGACAGUAUCCAUUCGAGGGUGACAACAUAUACCGGUUGCUGGAGAACAUAGGCCGCGGACAGUGGGAGGCACCCGAUUGGCUUUACGAAAUGGAUCCAGACUUUGCCAGGCUCAUUCUGGGCAUGCUGCAGGCUGAUCCCAGUAAACGGCUUUCGCUCCAAGAGAUCCGUCAUGAUACUUGGUUUAUGUCCGCCCCGCCGGUGACCGGCCCACCGAUACCCAUUCCCCCGCUGAAGGGCGACAAGUACCGCAGUUCAACUGUGGUGCCUUACCUGGAGGCAUACCACUACGGCGAUCAGGACCAGGAGGACGUCUACUUCACCGAGCACGACGUUAACCAGGAGCUCGCCCGGCAAGCACAAGCCGCUGCAUCCGAGAUUCGGUCCAAGCAGUCAGCGGCGGCCCAUGCAGCCUGCCACGCCUAUGAGCCACCUUCUACUAGUGCUGCCGCCGCCGCUGCAGCCUCCUCCGGACAUUCACUGGGCAAUGGAAGCACGGAGGAGGCACCGGUUAAGAAGAAGGGAUCGGCGCUAAAGCGCCGGGCCAAAAAGCUGACCUCCUGCAUCUCCGUGCGCAAGCUGAGCCACUGCCGGACUUCGUAGGCGCCGCCACCAAAUUAGAAGCUAAGAGUAAUUGAAAGUAAUAACUUUGUUAACAAAUUGUGAGCAACUUUUUGGUUUUGUUUUCCCGUUUUUGUUGUCCUACAUUCGCCAAGUAUUUGUAACCAUAGAACCAUGUAGGAGUGCCAGGCGCAGCCCAGGAUGUCGCAGCAUCAGCACAAAACUCAAAGUUGGCUGGUGGGAAAUUGGGCAAGCAAUCGGGCGAUACGAAAGCUAUAUAUCCAUGUGACAAUACUGUGUAUUAUAUAUGAAGCAAAUGAAAGCGUAAAUUAGUCGUUAA